GAAUAUAUAUAUAUAUUUCAGGACUGAAUAAAUUUUCAAAAUGGGAGAUGAACAUGUAGAAAAGGGUGAACUCGAGGCUACCAAGGAGAAGGAAGAAGGAGGAGAGAAGACUGACGAGUGCUCAACAUGUAAAAAUGAUCAAGAGGUCGUCUUUAUUCAGGAUCUAGGAUUCAACGUGAAGGUGGCAGCACCUGGCGUAGAACCUUUUGACAUUCAGGUGUCUAGUAUGGAGUUGGUUCAGGAGAUUCAUCAACUUCUCAUGGAUAGAGAGGAUACGUGCCAUAGGACUUGCUUCUCCCUGCAGUUGGACGGUAUCACCCUCGACAACUUCGCUGAGCUUAAGACUGUCGAGGGGCUCAAGGAGGGUAGUCUAAUCAAGGUUGUUGAAGAGCCCUAUACAAUGCGUGAGGCAAGAAUCCAUGUCCGUCAUGUUCGUGAUCUUCUCAAGUCUGUUGAACCCUCUGACGCAUAUAACGGCGUAGACUGUGCUUCACUCUCCUUCCUCAAUACUGUCACCGCGGGUGAUAUUAUGGAGAAGAGGCGUGUCCGCUCUGAUCCUGUAGAUUGUACUCCGCCCGAGUUUAUUCUUCCAGGGAACGCUGUGGAUAAAGAUAUUCCUCUUCUUCCUCUUCAUCCGACCUCCAGGGAUCAACCAGCCAAACUUAAUUGUAUCAAGGUGAUGACCCCAAGUGGUUGGAAUCCUCCCCCGGGAUACAGAAAACUUCACGGAGAUCUCCUCUAUCUACAGGUUGUAACUAUGGAGGAUAAGCACUACCAUAUAACGGCCUCUACAAGAGGAUUCUAUGUCAACCAUUCUACUGAAGAGGAAUUCAAUCCUAAACCUGCGAAUCCCAGUUAUCUCUCACAUUCUCUUAUUGAGUUGUUAAACCAGGUUUCUACAACUUUUAAGAGAAACUUCGCUCUUCUACAGAAGCGUAGAACAAGUAGACACCCAUACGAGAGGGUUCCCACUCCUUACCAGAUAUAUUCAUGGAUAGGCCCCCAGCUGGAGCAUAACAUUGAUACUAUCCGGGCUGAGGAUGCAUUCUCUAGUAAGCUUGGUUACGAGGAGCAUAUCCCGGGACAAACCAGGGAUUGGAACGAGGAGCUGCAGACUACUAGAGAGCUGCCCAGGAAGAAUCUACCCGAGAGAUUACUCAGGGAAAGAGCAAUCUUCAAGGUUCAUUCUGACUUUGUGUCCGCUGCUACUCGUGGAGCUAUGGCUGUCAUUGACGGUAACGUGAUGGCAAUAAACCCAGGUGAGGAGGCGAAGAUGCAGAUGUUUAUCUGGAAUAAUAUUUUCUUUAGCCUGGGCUUUGAUGUCAAGGAUCAUUACAAGGAUCUAGGAGGAGAUGCCGCUGCUUUUGUUGCCCCUAGGAAUGAUCUGCAAGGAGUAAAGGUGUAUAAUGCUGUAGACCUGGAGGGAUUAUUCACACUGGGAACAGUUGUCCUAGACUACAGGGGAUACAGGGUCACAGCGCAAUCUAUUAUACCAGGAAUUCUGGAGAGGGAGCAGGAACAAAGUGUUGUUUAUGGAUCCAUUGAUUUUGGUAAAACUAUUGUAACCCACUCCAAGUAUCUGGAUCUGCUUCAGAAAGCUGGAAACCAACUCAAGAUCCUUCCCCAUAAGGUUGUGAAUGAGAAGCUUGAGGAGGUUGAGCUGUGUAGUAGUGUUGAGUGCAAGGGAAUAAUUGGAAAUGAUGGCAGACAUUAUAUCCUUGAUCUUCUCAGAACCUUCCCUCCUGAUGUUAACUUCCUAAAGGUCGAGGGGGUUGAUCUUUCUAAGGAGGCAACUGCACUAGGAUUCCCUGUUGAACACAGACACAAGCUAUCUUGCCUUCGGCAGGAACUGAUCGACGCGUUUGUAGAGUCUCGUUACAUGAUGUUCAUCAAGUGUGCUGCUGUUCAACUGCAGCAGUUAACUAUAAGGAAAAAUAUUCCCGAAGUUCCAAUGAUUGAAAAGAAAGAGAAGGACGCGGAGAAGGAAGGAGAGAUGGAGGAGGACGAAGCAAAGAGGAUUGUUGAAAGCAUGACGGACUCUAUAACCAGCGGUGAGAAGCAGGAUAUGGAGGACUCCACCAAGGAGAUUGUACGCAAAGCCGCUACCGCAGUCGGAAGCCUAAAGGAGACAGAGUUUGACAUUAGAUUCAACCCUGACGUAUUCUCCCCCGGCGUAGUUCAUCCUGACGUCAGCGGAGACGCUUACAAGCGUCAGUGUCAGCUGGUGAAGGAUGCUGCUGACUUCCUGUUGACAGUUCAAAUCCCGGCGUUUAUCCGAGAUUGUCUAGAUCACAGUACUGCUCCUAUGGACGGAGCAACACUAGCUGAUGCUAUUCAUAACCGCGGCAUUAAUAUGCGCUACCUGGGCAAGAUUACCGGUAUGCUGAUGAAGGUUCCUCAGCUGGAGUAUGUGUAUACUAUUGCUGCUACCGAGUUGGUGAUGAGAGCUGCUAAACAUAUAUUCACUGCUUAUCUCCAGGGUCUGGAUAUGCUGAGUCUAGCUUGUGCUGUUUCCCACUUCUUGAACUGUUUGCUGAGCAGCUGUCCUGCUCCUAAUACAACAGUUCCUGAUCAGCUGAACAGUAAAAAGAGAUCAAGGAACCGCAGCAGGAACAAAGCUAAACAGUCUCCUCUCACUCCAACAGACAGCGUAGAGUGGGCAAUGCUGACCCCUAAGCUACUAUGGGCUCAGAUCAGGACGGAAUGUAAGGCCUACUUUGAUUGGGAGUUGGUGCAGGACUCAUGCGAGGCAUUCGUUGAAGCUCUUCAGAUAACCAAGGUUAUGGUGCUAAGAUCAUUCAGUAUGAAAACUGGAAUCCAGAUCCUUCUCAGAGAAUACAAUUUUGAGAACAAACAACAGCAAACCUUCACAGACGAGGAUAUAGUGAAUAUGUAUCCUAUUGUCAAGCAUAUCAGUCCUAGGGCUACAGAUGCAUACAACUUCUAUACUACAGGUCAGAAUAAGAUCCAGCAGGGAUUCCUCAAGGAUGGAUACGAGUUGAUCAGUGAGGCCUUGAACCUACUCAACAACGUGUACGGAGCCAUGCAUCCAGAGAUCGCUCAGUGCCUUAGGAUGCUUGCCAGGUUGAACUAUAUAAUGGGAGAUCACGUGGAAGCUCUAUCCUGUCAACAGAAAGCUGUUCUUAUGAGUGAACGUGUUAAUGGUCUAGAACAUCCGUACACAAUCACAGAGUACACACACCUAGCAUUGUACUGCUUUGCUAACACACAGGUAUCCACUGCGUUGAAGCUCUUGUACCGGGCUAGAUACCUCGCCCUUCUCGUCUGCGGAGAAAACCACCCUGAGCUUGCACUCAUCGACUCCAACAUCGGGCUCAUACUUCAUGCUGUCGGGGAGUACGAUAUCUCACUGAGAUUCCUGGAGAAGGCUCUUGCCUUGAACCAGAAGUAUCACGGGGCCAAGAGCUUAAAGGUUGCGGUCAGCUACCAUCUAGUGGCUAGAACACAGUCUUGCAUGGGAGAUUUCAGAUCUGCAUUAACGAAUGAGAAGGAGACUUUCACAAUCUACAAAACCCAGUUGGGAGAUGAGCAUGAGAAGACAAAGGAAUCCGGUGAGUGCUUGAGACAUCUGACCCAGCAGGCGGUUGUUCUACAGAAGAAGAUGAACGAAAUAUAUCAGGGUAAGAGUAAGACGGGGCUUCCACCAAUCCAGAUCCAGCCCCCCAGCAUGGGAUCAGUUCUAGAUAUGCUCAAUAUUAUCAAUGGAAUACUCUUCGUUCAGAUCUCACAGCAGGACAUAGAAAACUUUAAGAAGGAUUAUGAGCAGAGACAAACAGGAACCAAGAAAAUAGAAAGUGAGGUCGAGCUGAGCAAGGACAUUGAAGAGCUGAGCUCAACCCUCGAUCAGGCCUCAGUCCAGUCAUAGUUAACCAGAGGCUCCUAUCCGAGAUCAGUCAGCUAGAGACUCCCGCCUCCAAAUUCUCUAAACCAUCGCUGUGGGUCUUGAAUUAGUGACCUGAACUUUAAACCCUGAAAACCGGAUUAACGCUCGCAACGACCGGGAAAUUUGUAACUUUCCGACGUGCUCUGACCGUAGCUCUAGAGUUCGUUAGUUUCAAGAGCCAGAGUACGCCGAAAGGAGAUUUAUUUUGCCAGUAUGAUUUUUGUUGUUGAUUUAAGAACCGGUUUUCGGAGUUGAAAGGUUUCCGUAGUAGAUUAUUAGUUUCUAUAGUUCAAAUAUACGUGUUUAACUCCAUGGUUGUGGAACCAGCCUAAAUUCUCGGUGAUCAGCAUUGUAGAGUUUAGGGAGUUGAGAAAAUUUAUUACUCUUGUUAACAGUUGAAAAAGCAAAUUAAGUUGCGAGUCCUGGGCCCGGCAGUACAUCAAUCUUGUUUAUUUAUGAGCCAGGCCCGGACUCCACUUGGUCAAAGUGCCCGCGGCGGGUGGUUCGGAAAUUUAAAUUUUAUUGUGCCAAAAUUUCUAGUCGCAAAACCACCGCGGGUGCUCUUCCUACAGAUAGGCAUUUUUAGUCAUAUCCUAGAUUCAAGGAUUAUAUUUUUCAG